AUAUACUGAUAAGAGCUUAUUACUCAGUUGAUGUUUCAUUUCAGUUUUGCCUCUUGCGCCAUGCAGACCUUAUUUGCGUUGAUCUUAAUGCUCACCGUGCUGCAAAGCCACGUGGAUUCGAGCAGGUUCUUGGACGAUUCCUGUGAGGAUCCGAUUCCAAAAGAAAUGGUCUCGAACUCAGUUCGCGAUCAACGGGAUGCUUGGUUGGCAUUAAAACAACCUGUGCCAACAACCACAGAGUCUGCGAUGCGGGAAGAUAUUCUGCUGUUUAAGAACUGCAAUGGUAAUAGCUUGUCAACGCAACUUCGAGCUCGUAUUUAUGGACCUAAUUACAUAGCCCAGGGUUGGUUUAUCACUGACAGAUAUGUCAUCACAAAUGCCAAGGACUUACCGACAAAUGCAGCGUCUCUAAACGUAGGUCUGCUGGGAACCCUCAGGUCCUACGAUGAAUUCAAUGUUCUAUCGGUCGUCAAGCACCCACAGUUUUCUGAGGACUACAAAAAUGACAUAGCAUUGCUCAGAAUAGAUCCACCGGUAGCCUUAGGCAACUUGAAGCCAAUAUGUAUGCUUUUGAAAGAAAGGCAUCGGGAAAAGGCCAAGUCUAAUCCACCAGUUACGUUUAAGUAUGAGCAAACUGCAGAUCGCAUACAAACUUUUAGAGAAAACGCUACACUAUUAUAUAACAGUGUAUGCUCAAAUAGGCUGCAAAAAACUAUAGAACCGAAUCAAAUUUGUGUGCAACCUCCUUUUGAAACGGGCCAGAAAAAUUCAAUACGUGGCAGCCUAUUGGCAUUAGGGAUGAUGUAUGAGGCAAAGGAGUGGCUUGUCCUGCUCGGCAUCCUCGGUUAUUCACAGGAUGGCUUGGAAAUCUUCACAGAUGUUAUGGCACACACCCAGUGGAUUGCCGAUGUUGUUAACUCUGAUCAACAAUCGUAACUAGCCGAUAGUGCAUAAAUGUUCCUGAUCAGCACACAAACUCUUAAAAAAUUGAAUUUAUUACAAUAUUACUAUUAAAUAAUUAUAUUAUGGCAAUUCUUUGCAAUAAAUUCUUUUUGAUAGAUAAA